AUGGCUGAAGUGAUGGCGGAAACGAAGCCUACUAUUCCGGGGCCCCGCAAGCGCGGCCGUCCCCGAACCGUGACAGACGACCAGGACGUGCCAGAGAGACGUCGCAAGCAGCUCCGUGUCGCACAGCAAGCUUAUCGCCGACGUAAAGAAAACACUAUCAAUGAUCUACAGACCCGUGUGCAGGAGAUGGAAGAGGGCAUCGAGGAGAUCAGCCAGUGCUUCCUGUCGUUCAGCAACCUGCUCAUCCAAGAGGACUUACUUGCGCGAUACCCGCGUAUCGCGUCCGCACUUCAAAACAUCACUCGGCAGUGUGUAGCACUCGCAAAACAGGGAUGUGAUGAAGACGAGAACCCCGCCCCAGUCGAACCUACAUCUACUCCGAACAGCGACAGCCGCAAGAAGAGCGCUCCUCAAAAUAAUAAUUUCAGCUUUGACUUGGAUGCCCUGGAACCAGUUAACCUGUCUCUUCCGGACGAGUCCUUGCGAUUCCCAUUUAACACACGCCAAUGGCCCGUGGCGCAACCUCUUACGCCGCCCUAUCAAGAACAAGCCAUACUUCCAUUCGGAGUGGUAUUGUCAUCACCUCCCAUGUCAUUGUCUCCUCCAGUACAACAAUUGCCGAGCCCCCCGCCAACUAUAUCCCCAGCCAGCCUCGUCAAAGAAGAGCGAUGGACCCUUUCACAGCGCAUUGUACGAGAGUGCUGCGAAAACGGAUACCGGCUAUUAGUAGACCAACCGGACAACGAAGCAAAGAUCCAAGAGAUUUUUGGCAAACCACUGACACUAUCUGAGCGCGAUCGUCUGAUAUCGGCGUUCUACAUGGCCAUGAACGACGAUGUGAUUGAGGCGAUUGAGCUCAAGACCAAGGUGCUCAAUCCGUUAUAUAACAAACGCGAGGAUUUCUCUCCAGAUAUGCUUUCGCGGUCUUCAAGAACUUGGCAACUUGUUCUUGAAUCCGGACCUGAUGAAUGGUUGGAUGCAAGUGGCGUGCAGAGGUAUCUGCAGCAAAGAGGGAUUCACAUCGACAGCAGCUCCCGACAUUCUCCCCCGCGUAUUGAGGCGCCAUCAGAAUUCAAUCUUUCGACUUUCUUAAAAAUUUUAUCUCUCGAUUGCAUCUGUGUCGGCCCUGGACCGGCAUUCCGCAAGGCAGGUGUCGAGCAAGCAUUACAGUUGGCCACAUCGCAUAAUCCAUGGGACUUCAUGUAUCCCAAGUUUAUGACUUGA